GGACAGAGGGACCCUGGAGUUUCUGCUCCUGUGUUAUUGAGCAGUUGCUCGGAAAUUACCCUCAUUCAUUUAUUUCAAAGGGAAACUUCUGACUCAGCAGCGGGAUGUGCACUUUUGAUAAGGACAAAGGGCCGAGGAGGCUGAUGAAAAAAGGAUUAACUCUCAUCCUCGUCGGCCAUAUCAACUUCAUCCUUGGAGCUAUUGUCCAUGGCAAUGUCCUCCGCCACAUAUCCAAACCUAGUCAGCAUAUCACCACUGAGUACACUGUAGCCAACAUAAUCUCCGUCACCUCUGGCCUGCUGAGCAUUGCCAGUGGGAUUAUUGCCAUUGUGGUGUCAAGAAACCUUAAUGUGAUAAAACUGCAAAUAGGACUUCUGAUUGCGUCCUUCCUGAACGCCCUGCUCUCAGCAGCAUGUUGCACCGGGCUCCUCUUUGCCAUCAGUGUCACUAUUGCUCACAAUGGCGAGGGUUUGAUGCUGGGAUGCAAUGACACAGAGGUGCCCAUCAACGCUCGGUCACCUGUCAGUGCCCGAUGCCCGUUUGAUACAACACGGAUUUAUGACACCACCCUGGCGAUGUGGAUCCCUUGCGCUUUCUUGGCAGCAGUUGAGGCUGGAGUGUCUGUCUGGUGCUUCAUCGUCGGAUUGGCUCUCAGAGGCCUGGCACCCUUUGGGAACAGCUACAUCAAAGAGCAGCUGGAAGAGGAGGCUGAGUUCACUCCCCACAGCCAACGCCUGAUUGGACAGCACGUGAACCCUGACGCCUAACUGAACAGAAAACAGAAAGGACGCCACUCCAUGUAGACAAGCACAGCCAAAUCCCUGCACCUGUACUGAGACCAGUAGAUUUUGCCCUACAGUCAGCUAGGUGAGUGUCACCGUGGAACAGGAGCGAAACCAGUUUUAAGAUUCUGGUUCUGGCUAAACGGGAAUGUACAGCCCCAUACCCUGACUCAAAGAUGAGCUACCUAAUGGCUCUUUGUUUUUAUCCGAAACUAAAUAGAUAAUCUUGUGUGUGAAGUUGUGAUCAGAAUACAGUUGGAUUAAAGCUGUAGUUGCUAACUUAUUAAAAAAAAACCUUUUUUGUCAUAUUUGCUGAAACUGUCAUUGUAUCCUGACAGCAGUACGUCCGACAGAUAGUCUGUGGAACAAAAUUAAGGGUCUCUGCUCCCUCAUAUUGCUUCUAAUGGCAUUACCACAGGUGAAGGAAAACAACCAAUCAGAGCUGAGGAGUCUCUAAUGCAACUGUCGUCAAACUGUCAGACAAGGCAGCGCUGAACAAAUAUGAAUAAAGAUAGCUGUAAAAUGAGACAGUUUGCUCUGGCUGGUGGGCAUUUUUUAUAUUGGCUCUACUGUAUCCAACAUAGCAGUCGUGUCACGUUACAAACAUUCUCAUUUUACAGCUAAACAGUGCACUAAAAUAUGUUUUUGAAAACAAUUAAGGCAAAAAAUAGGCAAUGCAGUAACAGAAUCUUUAUUUAUAUUUGAUCAGUGCUGCCUGACAGUUUGAUCUCCGGAUCACAAUCAGUGUUUGAGAGCUUCAUUAGAGACUCCUCAGCUCUGACUAAUUGUUUUCACUUAGCCUCGGUAGGUUCUAGCAAAUGUCAUUAGAGGCAGUAGGAGGAGGAGGGCGGCGAUGAUUUUUUCACAGACUAUCUAUAAUACCGUGUGUAAGUAUUUACAUACUCAACAAAUAUGACUAAAGGUUAUUUUCAUGGAAGUUCCCAACUGUAGCUUUAAUGUCAGUGCAGCUGUACCCAAUGAAACACAUUAAUGGAAAUUUAAUUUGAAGUGACACAUCAGGAAGCUUGCAUCAUUUUUGUUCCAGUAGGUGCAUUUCAAAGUGCAGAUCCUUUCGUGCAGAUUAUAGGAUUAAAUGCAUAUAUAUACGUGUGUGAACGCUAAUCUUAGGUAUAAUGUGGUCUUAUCAGUAUCCAUCCAUGACCGUUUGGAUUGUACCAAAACGUGGCGUGUCUUUCAGUAUGAUGGAACCUCCUGUUUAUGAAGAAACUACAUUUUUAUAUCUAGCAGAACUUUUUUAGAUUAUUUUUAUCCAAAUGAAGGUGUAUUUUUAGCUUUUUCAUUUUCAGCAAAACCUUUUAUCAUUCUUAAUGUUUUUAAUAUUUGGACAGAUUUUAAAAUGCUACGUUACAUUUGAGAUGCUUUCAACAAGUCGUGCUUGUCAGUGUUUGCCUACAUACAGAUUUAAUGCCCAGAAAUGAUGUUUCAUGCCCGCUGCUAAUGUUCAUUGAUAAGCUGUAAUAUGGAGUCAUUUCAUAUGUAAAUUGUGUGAUGUGUUUGCUUUAAAAUACCAAAAAUUCUUCAAUACUAUGCAAAUACAGUGUCUGGCUUCAAUUUGAA